AUGGACAGACAGAAGAAACGGAAAUCUAGCAGCAGCGGCAUUGAAGAGAACAAUAAAAGUUCAUCAUCAACAACUUCAGAAUCAACAUCUAAAAGCAAAAAUAACAAUAACAAUAGCAAUACACCAACAACCACAACAACAACUACAACAUCAACAUCACCAUCACCAUCAUCAUCAACUAGUGCAGUUCCUGGAACACCAACAUCACCUUUUGUUUCAAUAAUCAGAACUCGUUCCCAAAUCGCUGCGGCUAAUGCAUCUGCCAAAUUAUCAUCAUCCUCACUAGAUACCGAUAACAACAACAACAACAACAAUAAUAAUAAUAGUUCAGAAUCAACUACUACAACUACAACUACUACCACUUCAUCAUCAUCAUCAUCAUCUCCAUCUUCAUCAUCAAAGAAACAAUCAAAAACACCAAGUAAAUCAAAGAAAACAACUACAACUACAACAUCAACAACAACACCUUCAAAAUCACCAGCUUUAUCAAAGAGAAAGAAAGCUAGUCCAACCACAACAGCAGAGGCAUCAAAGGAAAAGAUAAAUCAUCAACCAUUAAAAAAGAGAAUGACAUCAAAGAAGCAAUCAGCAUCAAAGGAAAUGGAAGACAACAUCGAUAGUUCAAUGAUGGAUGACAAGGAUGAAUCUAUGGCUACUACCAGUACAACAACAACAACCUUGUCAUCUUCACAAGAAGACACUAAUAAUAAUAACAACAACAAUAACAAUAAUAACAAUUUGACAUCACCACCUACAUCGCUACAAGGUUUAAUGAGAGGUAUUACAGGUGCUUUGAUGGAUGAACUCGCCAAUUCACAGGGUUUCAGAGGUGGUUCACGGGAAGGAUUGAUAAAUACACUGAUAGAGGGUCGUUCGCGUUUGAAGCAGAUUCUCUCUGGUCUCAAGAGUGACGAUGAGUCGUCACAGAUGGAGUCGCUCAUCGAGUUGUGCGAACUUCUCUCGAUUGCUACUGAGGAUACAAUGGCUGGAUUUCCAUCGGAUUCGUUUGCACCGGCACUCCCAACCGCUGUGCUUCGUGCCGGUGGUCUGAUGGCAGUUCUCUCUUAUCUUGACUUUUUCUCCACUGGCGUCCAGCGUAUGGCGCUAUCCACCGCUGCCAACAUCUGUCGUCAGAUUCCACAAGAUUGUUUCGAGAUGAUCAAAGACAGCAUUCCAAUAUUAUCAAAUUUAUUAACUUAUUCUGAUGCAAAAGAUAGUUUCUAUGAUUCAGAAACAAAAUUACAAACAAUAACUAGCGAUGGAUUGAUUACACAUUUAGUUAGAAUAUUAAGUGGAAUGAAUACAAGCACUAUUACACUCAGUGCAACUACAUACACUCAAAUCAUUAGAAUCCUAUCGAAUAUCUGUCAUGGCUGUCCAAGCUUGACACGUGUAGUACUUCAAGAGAGUAUUGCCAAUAUUAUACAAUCGAUAUUGUGUCCAUCGGACAGUGAUGCCAGUUCAAUGAGUCGUUCCAAUCAACAGUCUUAUGAGAUCUUGUCGUUGAUCAAUGAGUUACUACCGCCACUUCCCGCAGAAUUUAGUGCACUCGCUUCCACCGGUCAGCGGUCACUUCGUAAGAAGCGUGAAUCCGCUGGCGAGAAAGAGGAUGCCAGAAUCGAGAUUUACCGUGAGCAACCAGAGCUCCUUAACAAUCUAGGUAAAGGAUUGUUUAUAGUCUUGGUGGAGAUGUUCACUUCCACUGUGAAUCCAGCCGUUCGUUACAAGUGUCUCGGUUCCAUCUGCAAGAUUCUCUACUUUUCGACACCGGAGAUGUUGACCGAGUUGUUGAAACACUUUGCAUUCAGUUCGUUCUUGGCUGGUCUGCUUGGUUCGCGUGAUAUGACCAUCGUGUCGAACGCCCUCAAGAUCUCAGAGAUGAUGCUCGAGAAACUACCAUCGAUCUUUGAGCGCUACUUUAAGCGUGAGGGUGUCAUCUAUGAGAUCGAUCGUCUCUCCAAGCUCGAGCCAAUUCUAAAUACAGAGAGUCAGCAAUCGAGUGCUGGCAUCACAGGACAAUCAUCGUCACCAUCGAAAUCGCAUGCCUCUUCCUCUUCCUCUAGCUCCAUUCCCAUCUCGAUUCCGACCACUCCACAACGUGGAAUCCCACCACCUCUGGCCAGCUCUCCAUUUGGCGCAAACUCAUUCUUUGUUGGUUCACCAAUGCAAUUCCCUCCAAACACACCGUCAUCGUCGGUACCUUCUCAAUCGCCACUGACUGCCACCACUACCACAACUACAACAUCGGUAACAAGCGGAGGCAGCACAUCGUCGCCACCCGACGACAUGAAAUCAUUUGUUUGUAAGGAAGCACGUAAAUUCAAAGAGAAAUAUCUUUCAUCAAAGGAUUUCACCAAUGUCGACAGUCUUUCAACUGACGAGUUGAAGUCACUCAAGAAUCUGAGUGACCGUCUGUACAGGUGCUACAACGAGGCUGGAAUAGAGGUGCUUCAAGAGAUCAGUGCUUGUCUCACCACAAAGGAGGGUGUCUCUGCAUUCGAGUUCCUCCACAGUGGUCUGGUAUCGAGCAUCCUCUCCUAUUUGACUCGUGGCGACGUCAAGAAUCAUGUAGAGUGUUUCUGUAGGGUGUUUUUAGUGCCAUACAAGAAUGAGAAUCGAACUAUUUCCUCUUCUCCUAUCAAACCGUCGAGCAGUCACACCAUUCUCCUCUCACUGUUGGUCCAAAAGUUGCACGAUGCACUGACCAAAGUUGAGCGUUUCGCAAUUAACAUCAAUGAGGUCGGUGGAACCAGCUCUGGAUUGAAAUACCUCGCACAGCCAUUCAAGUUGAAGUUGGUCAAAGAAGGUUCCGACGAUUCACUCAAAGACUACUCACUGAAUGUCGUGUUGAUCGAACCACUUGCUACUAUCACAGCGAUCGAGGAGUUCUUGACAUCACGUGUCAUUCAGAAGCAACAGGCCGACGCCACUCCGACCACUCCAACCAAGACUGACAGCAGCUCACCGAAAUCAUCGACACCAAUCCACUCGUCGACUAGCAUCAAAGAGAAAUCGGAGGAUGAAGACGACGAUGAAGACUACCACGACGACUACGAAGACGACGAGUUGUUGCAAAACAACGAAGAUGUAAACGAAGGAGAAACAGAGCCUGUCCACGAUGUAAAAGUCAGCGAUGCUUCACUCUCCUCAUCUGGCACCAUUCCAGUGCCAACCAGCAACACAUCGACCACCACCACCACAACUACAACCACCAGUAGCAGCAGCAGCAGUAGUAAUGCUGCUCCAUUGGCUUCCUCCUCCUCUGCAUCAUCUUCCUCACAUGUGCAACCAAACUCACCAAUGUCUACAACCCCACCACAAACACCUUUGACAGCAUCUUCAUCAAGUGUACAGCCAGGCUCUUCAGGACCAGCACCAAAGCUGGCAAUCUUUGUAGAUGGACAACGACUUCUUCCAAGUUUCACCAUAUUCCAAGCUGUUCAAAAGAUUGCAAAAUCAUCAAGUUCACUUUUGGUCGCCAAUAACAAUAACAACAACAAUAAUAACAACAAUAAUAGUUCGUAUGGUAUCGAUCAAUCCAAUGAAGGUUCAAUACCAACUAAUAGAUUAUGGGAAGGUACUCACACCUUGAAGUAUCGUUAUUUGACACCGUCAGAGAUUGAGCAACCCAACUCACAACAACUCGCAGCAACCACAACCAAACCAUCGAUUAAAAAUUUAGGUGAAUCGAGUGUUGUCAGUUUCCUCGAAGAAGGACACACCUUCCCGCUGUCAUCGAACGAUACCACCUACGAGAUUAUAUCACUACUCAGAAUAUUAUAUACAUUGAACUUUAGUCAUACUCUACAGUCGACCUAUGCAUUCGACAAGAACUACAUAUCACAGACAGAGUUUGUUUCACAGAAACUCACUGCCAAGGUGAUGCGUCAGCUUCAAGAUCCAUUGGCACUGUGUGGUGGUGCACUUCCCGAUUGGUGCAAGCAACUACUCACCUAUUGUCCAUUCCUCUUCCCAUUCGAGUGUAAGCGUUUAUUCUUCUACUCCACCUCGUUUGGCAUUGCAAGAGCUCUGUCCACUCUCCAACAACGUCAGGAUCUCAUUCGCCAGACACACGAUUCGCGAAGUGGCCAACAAGGAGAGGUGCGUGUCGGUAGAAUCCAGCGUCAAAAGGUUAGAAUAUAUAGAAACCGUAUAUUGGACUCUGCCGUCAAGGUGAUGGAGUUGUACGGAAAGACCAAAUCAAUCUUGGAGGUUGAGUACUUUGGCGAGGUCGGUACUGGAUUGGGUCCAACCCUGGAGUUCUUCACAUUGGUGUCUCGUGAGGUGCAGAGAAAAGAUUUGAAUCUCUGGUACUGCGACUCUGAGAGUUUGGUCGCGAAUGCUGACAGCACCUCACCUUAUGUAUAUAAUGCCGGUGGAUUGUUCCCCAAACCACUGAUUCCUGGCACCGUGCCAAAGAAGAUUCUCGACUACUUUAAAUUCUUGGGAACCUUUGUUGCCAAAGCAUUUUUCGAUCAGAGACUGGUGGAUCUUCCACUCUCAAAGCCAUUUUAUAAAUAUAUGACCAAUAAGGAUCUAUCGUUUGAGGAUCUCAAAAUUAUUGCACCAUCCCUUUACAAUUCACUUGCCAGUCUUUACAAAGUAGUUCUCAAGAUGAAAGAUAUCAACAACAACACUCAGCUGAGCACUCAAGAAAAACAAACCGAAAUUUCCAAACUUAGAAUUGAUGGUGCCACAAUCGAAGAUUUAUGUUUAGAUUUUGUUUUACCAGGUUAUCCAAAUUGGGAACUUAAAGAAAAUGGAACAAAUAUUAAUGUUACAUUAAAUAAUUUGGAGGAAUAUUUGAAUUUGGUGGUAAUGAACUUUUUAUAUUCCGGUGUGAUUCAGCAGAUCGAUGCUUUCAAAGAGGGAUUCAAUCAGAUCUUCCCUCUCACUUCACUCGGUCCAUUCUCGAUACAGGAGGUUGAAUCGUUGUUGUGUGGUUCACUGACAGGUUCCGAUAACGAUUGGACAGUGGAUUCAUUGAUGGAGAGUACCAAGUGUGACCACGGAUACACCAACUCGAGUAUUGCCGUUCAGAACUUCUUUAAGAUUCUCUCUAAUUUCACACCGGACGAAAGAAAACAGUUCCUCCUUUUCAUCACUGGUAGUCCACACCUUCCGAUCCAAGGCUUCAAGGGUCUCAACCCUAGACUCACCAUCGUAAAGAAGCACAACAACCCACCGGCAUCUGCUGACGAUUCAUUACUUAGUGUCAUGUCAUGUACAAAUUAUAUCAAACUUCCAGAUUACACCACCAAAGAAAUUAUGAAAACAAAGCUUAUAUACGCAAUGAAAGAAGGUCAAUCAUCUUUCCAUCUUUCUUAA